AGCAGGCCGGCAAAAAGGGCACAAUUAGAUUUUACGAUUUGAAAAAACAGGUUUUUCACGGUUUGGUUUACGGUUUAAAACCUGUCCGGUAAACCGAACACGCACCAUUUUAAUAGAAAAAAAAUGUAUAUAUUUUAUUCUACAGCCUUCUAUGGUUAGAAAACUCGUUCAUUUAAUAAAAUCCCUAAUUCGUAUGUCAGUUGAUCUAUACUUCUUGAUUCGAUCAAUAUUCUCGCACGAACACAAAAUAAAAAUUGGAAUUUGUUCGAUUUAAACAACAUGCCUCCGAAACAAUCAAAAGCAGAGAUUGCGAAGAAGCAGAAAAUUGUGGAGGACAAGACAUUUGGGCUGAAGAACAAGAACAAGAGUAAGAACGUCCAAAAGUAUGUUCAAUCACUUCAUCAGAACGUACAGCCUAAACCCGAUCCUUCUAAACUUGCUGCAAAGAAAAAGAAAGAGGAAGAGAAGGCUAGAGAGAAAGAAUUGAAUGAUUUGUUUAAGAUUGCUGUUGUUCAACCCAAAGUACCUGUUGGGGUGGAUCCAAAGUCGAUAUUGUGUGAAUUUUUCAAGGCUGGUCAGUGUGCGAAAGGUUUCAAAUGCAAGUUUUCUCAUGAUCUGAAUGUACAAAGGAAGGGUGAGAAGAUCGACAUUUUCAGUGAUAAGCGUGAUGAAGGAACAAUGGAGGAUUGGGACCAAGAGACGUUGGAAAAAGUUGUGGCAUCAAAAGGGAAAGAGUAUAACCAGAAUAAACCAACCGACAUUGUUUGCAAGCACUUUUUGGAAGCAGUGGAGAAGAAACAAUACGGUUGGUUCUGGGUUUGUCCGAAUGGUAACAAAGAGUGUCAUUACAGGCAUGCACUCCCUCCGGGUUAUAUUUUGAAGUCGCAAAUGAAGGCGCUUUUAGAAGAAGAAGCCAACAAGCUAGCUAUUGAGGAUGAGAUUGAGGAUCAACGUGGGAAACUGAAAACGACAACUCCAAUGACGACUGAUCUGUUCAUGGAGUGGAAAAGGAAGAAGGUAGAAGAAAGAGAGUCCGGUUUGGCUGCUCAAAGAGCCGAGAGGGCUAAGAAUGAUCGCAUGAGUGGUCGAGAGCUAUUUCUUUCCGACGCUAGUGUAUUUGUGGAUGAUGCUGAGGCGUAUGAGAAGUACAACCGUGAAGAAGAACCAGCUGAUAACAACAUCAACACGGCUCGGAAUGGUUCAUCUACCGGUGGCCCAAGCUCAUCGACAAGUGUAGCGGCUGUUUCUGAAGACGGGAAUUCUGACAUUGAUGAUGAUGAUGAUGAUGAUCUGGAUAUGGAUGAACUGAACCAACUGGAAGCAAGCUUGGCGAAAACAUCUAUUCAAAUUCAAGAGCCGACAGAAUAGAUCUUAAAAGUGAAAAGUCUGGUGAUGAAUAUAUAAGCAUAAUAAGAAUGUUUAAAUGUCUGAUUUAGGUGUUCUGUAUCCAUUGUGCAUGUGUUGUUUUCAUAUAAAGGAGUCGGGUUAUAUAGUCGAUUUCAGUUCAAACCAAUUUGAACUGCAUUGAUCAAUAAGAUGGUGCUGCAUCUUCCUGGUCAUUUGUUGUUGAAAUUUAACAGUAAUUAUCAUAGUUAUCAAAAGCGGUCGCUUUUGGCGCCUAAGCGAUAUUUCUGGGCGAAGCGAGUGGAAUGCGCUCCUA